UAAAUACUCUACACCAUGUCGCCGUUGGUCUCGCACCACCCGGCUGAGUCAUUCCUGAGCCUCAACUCCACCCCACGAUGAAGCACCUCCACCACCACCGCCUCCUACUACUCUCCUGCAUCCCUCUCCUACUUUGUGCCGUCGUGCCGGUAGCCACGGGUGGACGGCACGAGGCACAAGCGCUGCUGAAAUGGAAGGCGACCUUGGCCGGCGGCCGCGAGUCCCUCAGCUCGUGGUCCUUGGCGGUCAACUCCACCAGCCCGUGCAACUGGAGGUUCGUCGGCUGCAACCCUGCCGGCGACGUCAUAAACCUCAACAUCACCAGGGCAAGUCUCAACGGGACGCUUGCCGGACUGGACUUCUCGGCUUUCCCUCACCUGGAGAGCCUUGAUCUGGAGUUCAAUGACCUGUACGGCUCCAUCCCGGAGGAGAUCGGCAACCUGACGAGCUUAGCUUCUUUGUGUAUAUUUGACGAACAUUUAACGGGGCCGAUCCCGCGUAACAUCGGAAAGCUGAAGCAGCUCGUCGUGAUAGAGUUGUUAAAAUCGGGGCUUAAUGGUGCGAUCCCUGCCGAGAUUGGUAACCUGACAAGCUUGGAAAAUCUGUCUCUCUUCGAUAACAGUCUGACGGGCUCAAUCCCACCAACAAUUGGGAGGCUCGAGAAGCUCAAGAGGCUUUAUCUGAGUUUCAACAAUUUGACAGGGAGCAUCCCACUAGAGAUUGGCAACAUGACAGAGCUGAAGUUCAUGGACUUGGAGCAGAACCAUUUGGAAGGGGAGCUGCCGGGGACCCUCACUCAUCUUGUACACCUUAUAACCUUGUAUGUAUCAAACAAUCAACUCGAAGGCCACAUCACCACGCAGCUCGGGAACCAGAGCAAUCUAGUUGACCUCGACAUUUCCAGGAACAACUUCUCGGGGACUUUACCACAGUCCAUUUGCACAGGAGCACUGAAUACAUUCCGGGUUAGCAGCAAUGGGUUUGCAAACCUACAUCUACAUGACCUGAACUUUCAGAACUGCACGUCCCUGCAGCUUGUUGGAUUUGCAGCAAACAAUAUUCUUGGAGACCUCAGCGAAUGGCUUGGUACACUUCCUAAACAACUUAACCUCCUGUAUCUCGAACUAGAUCAAAACAAAAUCACCGGUAAAAUACCUCCAACACUUGGAAAUAUGACUAACCUAACAUACCUCUACCUGGGACAUAAUCUACUCACCGGCACAAUUCCUCCGGAACUGGGGAAACUGGAUAAAAUUAUCGCACUAAAUUUGAGUUACAAUCAUUUGUUAGGCCCCCUUCCUCCAACCAUGCGAAACCUUUCUUCUCUCAGAUUGCUGGAUUUGUCAAGUUGUAGCCUUACUGGUCCAGCAUACAACCUUUUUAUUACUGAUCAUUCCAUUUUUUCAUCAAAUAUCUCAUUUCCAGAUAUUGAGGUACUUUCCCUUUCCUCUAACUAUAUUACUGGAACCAUACCUAUGUUACUUUGUAAUGCUAACUAUCUAAGGAUCCUAGAUCUGUCAAAUAAUGCCUUAUACGGAGAUCUCCCAGAUUGUUUGUGGGAGUUGCCACCUUUACAGUUUAUGGAUUUGUCUAGUAAUUCAUUCAGUGGUGUAGUUCCAUUCUCGAGGUCAUCUAACAUCACUCUUCAAUCUCUACACCUAGCCAACAACCAUUUCAAAGGCAGUUUUCCUGCGAUCAUUAAAAAAUGUGACAAGCUUAUCACUCUAGAUCUUGGAAACAAUAACUUCACUGGUGAAAUACCUUCUUGGAUAGCCGAGAGCAUGCCACAACUCAGAUUUCUUCGAUUGUCAUCAAACAUGUUUGAUGGAACUAUACCAAAACAAAUUUUACAAUUUCGCCUGCUCCAACUAUUAGAUUUGUCAAACAACAAGCUCACUGGUCCCAUACCCGUUGAUUUUGCAAGCUUUACUGGCAUGAUAAAGCAAGAACAUGGGGCAAUCGUAUACUAUGGUGUGUAUUCCGAGCAAAUUCAACUAGUUUGGAAGAAUGAGAAUUAUGUGUACAGCAAGACAAUUGCCUUUGUUACGGGUAUUGACUUGUCGCGCAAUUCCCUUUCACAAGGAAUUCCUGAGGGGCUCACGACCCUCCAUGGACUCAAGUACUUGAACUUGUCAAGAAAUAAUCUUUCGGGUGAUAUUCCCGAAGACAUCGGCAAUCUAGCAUUGCUAGAAUCCCUCGACCUGUCAUCUAACCAGCUGGAAGGGGAAAUUCCUCCUAGCUUUGCAGAUUUGAAGUCUAUAACAACACUGAACCUCUCGAACAAUGGCUUGUCAGGAAGGAUACCGACUGGUAGUCAGCUGCAGACACUUGUUGAUCCAUCAAUAUACAGCAACAACCCAGGGCUAUGCGGUUUUCCUUUGAAAGAAUGUGCAGGUGCAACGUCAUCACAGACUGAAAUGAGCCAGGAUGAUGAUAGAGAGGCACUGUGGUUGUAUUGCUUUGGGGUUGCCGGAUUUAUCUUUGGGUUCUGGCAAUCCUGGGGCAUCGUAUUUUGCAACGAGACCUGGAGAUAUGCACUCUAUCAGUACGUCGAUAACAUGCAAGAGAAGGUCGCAAAGAUUACUGCAUAUCGUUGCUCCAGGGCCAGGCCCUGA